GAACAAUCUAGCUGAAAUGAAGAUGGACAAAUCGAGUACUCAGUUGGUUGUAAAUGUUUAUCCAAACAUUAUGACAUCACCUCAGAACACAACAGUUGUCUCUCAAAGUGAUAUUUCUCUUACCUGUGAAGCAAUUGGUUUUCCUAUACCAAGUUUAUUGUGGCAACAUGAGGGUCAAGAUAUUUCUUCAAAUGAUCAGAAACGAAAUGUUCAAACCAACCAGAUAAUGUCUGAAAUCAAAGUGGCAUCAAGUUUACUUAUUAGAAGAUCAGAAUUCAGAGACAGAGGAAUAUACAGAUGUCUUUUCAGCAAUUUGGUAGGGCACAAUGAAGCAAGCAGUGUUGUUACUGUUCAAUAUAUUCCAUCAAUUAUCAUCAGUCCAAUUGUAAAGGAUGUGAGGAAGCCAAAUGCUGUGUCAUUGCAAUGUACAGCAGUAGGUUUUCCACCACCAUCAAUUGAAUGGGUGAAGAACAAUGAUACAAUACUCCCUAACACAUACAGAGUCGAUGAAGCAACAGGGGUGGACAACAUUGGAGUGCCAACUCUUUCAAGCAAUUUAACAGUAACACCAACUGUUACCUCGGAUACUGGCAAUUUUGUGUGCGUAGCAAAGAAUAUCUUGCAAAGUGUAUCAUCAAGACCUGUUCAACUCACUGUGUUGGAGGAACCGUUUGCACCUAUCAACGUUAUCUUCACUGGCGUGACGUCAACAUCUGUUUCACUGCAGUGGAGUCCUUCUUUUGAUGGCAAUAGCGCAAUAGUUCAAUAUGUUAUUCAAUAUGCUGGUGGCAUUGACAACACAAAAUGGUCAGCUGGUGAGAACACUAACAGCCAACAGCCAUCAUAUGUUGUCACAAAACUACAUCCAUAUGCAAACUACACGUUUAGAGUGGCAGCCACAAAUUCUAUAGGAACAGGUGACUUCAGUGAUUCUUCUUCUGUGGCUCUCACAAGCCAAGACAAGCCGUCAGGAACUCCAAAAAUUAUUUCUGUAUUGGCUGAAAGCUCCAACUCAAUCAGGAUUAGAUGGUUAGUCGUGCCAUUCAAUGAACGAAAUGGCAUAAUAACACAGCAUCGAGUGGAGAUUCGUGAACGAAUUAUGGCGCAAAGUCUGCUACCUCCUUUCUAUCGCACUGCCACAGAAGAGGACACGAUCUUGUUGACUGGUUUGAAGCCCUACACAACGUAUAGCUUUCGUGUUGAAGCCUCAACCGCUUUUGGUAGGGGCAAUUUCAGUUCAUCCAAAGAGGGAAGAACGCAUGAUAAUGCUGCUCGUCCUACUUUACGUGUAGUAAAGUCUGUUGUCAUUGUGCCGAAUGGAUCUACUGCAGUUCUUCACGUGACAAUUCCACCAGUUUAUCCCAAUGUUCCUAACAAUGCUGCAAACAGAACAUGGUCUGGUCCUUCAGGAGUAAUUACUGCAACAAACAAGUUUUUCUUGUCGACAGAUCGUUAUCGUUUGGCAAUUCAAGAUAUUGGUCCAAAUGACACUGGACUUUACACAUUUACAGCUGCAAAUACAGUCGGCAGCACAACUGUUACAAUUAAGCUUGCUUUACAAUGAUUUCGUCCGACUGUGGAAGCCGUAAACUCGAUUGUUGCGGUACCAAAAGGAGUUACCGCUGCUCUUCGAGUGACAGUCUCAGCAGCAUCACCUGCUGUUCCAAACAAUCCUAGCAACAGAACAUGGUUUGGUCCUGC